CCACAGCUCUGCCGGUGCCCCUCACUCCCGACCCGCAGCCCCCUAGGCGUCCCUGUGAGUCACUCCCUGGCUGUCCCCUGAGGGGAGCAGGGCGACCCCUUUGCUUGCUCAGACUGUCUGGUUCCUGCUCCCAGGAGUCUUUGGGCCGCUGGAUCCAGCCCCACCCCAUCUCAUAACCCCUCCCACUGGGUCCCAUAACCAUUCCCACUUAGCCCCUCCCACUGGGUCCUAUAACCCCGCCCCUUGCUGCUUGGCAGGGCGGGCCUGUCUGUCUGUCCCCUGCUAACCCAGCGCCUCGGCAGGUUUCCGAGCGAGGCCGGGGCACAAUGAAUGGUGGUGAUGAGCCCGCUGGCGGAGAUCCAGGUGGGUGCCCGGUGGCCGUGCCCGUGGGCUGGCAGCGGAAGGUGGAGGAGGGCGCCGUGCGCUAUAUCAGUCCUAGUGGCACGAACCUCACCUCGCUGGAGCAGACCCGCGCCUACCUCCUGACAGACGGUACCUGCAAGUGCGGCCUGGAGUGUCCGCUCAACGUGCACAAGGUUUUCAACUUCAACCCGGUGGCCGUG